ACGCUCGUCGCUCCCCGACGCGUCGCGUGAUUUUGACGUCACAGCCAAUGGCGAGCCCGGACGCCAGGUCGCUCCCGCCCACCUGGCCCUGGGUCCCGCCUGCGGACUGGUCUCGCUGCGUUUCCUGUGACGGCGGCCGACCCCCGCGUGCAGGAUGGACUCCGCCUCCGCGUGCUCCAGUUUUCAGUCGGACCUGGAUUUCUGUCCGGAUUGCGGCUCCGUCUUGCCUCUGCCGGGAGCGCAGGAGACCGUCACGUGUACUCGAUGUGGCUUUUCCAUCAACGUGCUGGAUUUCGAAGGAAAGGUUGUGAAGACCUCAGUUGUGUUCAAUAAACUGGGGACAGCCGUGCCUGUGUCCAUUGAGGAUGGCCAGGAGUUCCAGGGACCGUUGAUUGACAGGCGCUGCUCUCGAUGCGGUCAUGAGGGGAUGGCUUACCACACCAGACAGAUGCGCUCCGCCGAUGAAGGGCAGACCGUCUUCUACACGUGUACCAAGUGCAGGUUCCAGGAGAAGGAAGACUCUUAAUUUGUUGUUGUUGUUUGGGGAUGGAGGAGAUGGUUGAACAGUCCCUUCCUCUCUUCCAUGGAAUACCGGGUUCUCAGAUCCCUUGCUCAUCCCUUCUUUGCAAUAUUUUGCUCCAAGAGGAGAAUUGGAUUUCUACAUGAGGAUUACCAUUUGUCUGCAAGUUACUGUGUCUUUAAUUGAAGUUCCAUAUUAAAGUUCUAUUUUUCUAUAA